GGCAUCAUGUCCGCGCUGGCCAUCCUGGGCAUCGUCACCAACGUCAUCGACAUCACCGUGUUCACCAGGCAGGGUUUCCAGGACUCUGUCAACAUCUCCCUCACCGCCAUGGCCGUCUGGGACCUGCUCAAGUGCGUCAUCGGGCUGGCCAUGCGCGUCUACGGGCCGCUCGGCUGGUACUCGCCGGUGUACAGGAAGAUCUGGAAGAACAUCACGUCGCCGACGCUGCUGUACCUGCAGGUGUUCGCCAACUACGUGUCCUACAUCCUGGCGUCGUACGUGGCCUUCGAGCGCUGCCUGUGCGUGUGCAUCCCCUUCAAGGUCAAGCUCGUCGUCACCCCGAGGCUCACGUUCAUCAUGAUGAUCGUCAUCUCGGCGCUGGUCAUGGUGUCCUUCGGUAUAAUAUUUUUUGUCUACGAUAUUUACUGGGUAUUCGAUCCUGCUUACAACCAGUCCGUCGUCGUGUAUAGUUACAACGCUUUUUACAAUAAAUGCGGUACCUCCGUACUCGAAUACUUUACCUUCAUUGGUAUGCUGAACCCUAUCUUCGCCUUCGUUGUCAUCGCCAUCUGCACGAUCAUCAUAGUGUACCAGCUCAGGAAGAUGUCCAAGUUUCGAAUCCGUUCGGUCCACAAAGUCUCCACCGGUGACAAAAACGCGAAAGACAUGUCCUCGCGCGACAAGCAGGUGGUGAAGAUGCUCCUCGUGGUCAUCAUAGCCUACAUCUUGGCCCUCAUACCCAGGCUGGCGCUGCACGUCGGGAAGCUGAUCAACGUCGAGUUCUACUACCUGAAGACCUACCAUAACCUGUUCACCGUGUGCGCUUACGGCGUGAUGACAGUGGACUUCCUUAAUGCGUCCGUGCAUCUGUUCAUCUACCUGACCAUGAGUUCAAACUUCAGACACACCUUCCUGCAGCUUUUU